GAAUUGUUAUUUUGUUUUUUAGAUUUGCAUUUACGUUUGUAAUUUGUUAUUUUGUUUUCAGAAUUGUGAUUUGUUUUGCUCUUCUCGGCCACCGUACUGAAGUGCCACCUGCAGGAAAAACAAGAACUUUGUCUGACUUUAUCAGGAAUCUGUUCAGACUGAAACCAAAAGUUAAACUUCAUCGAUGAGGAGCAGCCAUUUCAGAGACUCAGAAACUGUCAUAAACGUUUACAAAUAUGGAGAACAGAGAGGACAUUGGAUCUGAAAUGAUGCAAGAGUCUCAAGAAACAUCAUCUCCUGAGCCUAGUUGUGUGUCGAUGAAGAGUGGCAAUUCAUUGCUUCAUCCUCCUGAAUUCAGUGAUGGACCAGAGACCUCUGACCCCAGUAUAACCAGAAUGAGGAAGAGAAGAAGAUCUUCAUCUCCAGAACCCAGCUAUGUAUCUUUGAAGAGUGACAGAUCCAUGAAGAUGACUCAUCAUCUCAGUUACAAAACUGUGACCACUGAUCAUCUUGUAUACAGAGAUGGUCAGGCUGGAGCCCUUAAGCAGGAUCCUCCUGGACCAGUGAAUGAUGAACUACAGAGAGUCAAAGACCAGCUCAAAGCCAGCAUGAAGAACAAGUAUGAGAGAUUAUUUGAGGGACUGAACCUCCAGGAGAAUGAAAGCCUCCUGAACAGGAUCUACACACAGCUCUACAUCAUAGAGGGAGAGAGUGAAGGAGUGAAUAAAGAACAUGAGGUUUUACAGAUGGAGAAAACAGCCAGAACACAACACUCACAAGACACUCCAGUCUACUGCAAUGACAUCUUUAAAGCCUCAGCUGAACCAGGAUGUGAGGAGAAAGACCAGAUCAAGACUGUUCUUACUAAAGGCAUCGCUGGAAUCGGAAAAACCGUCUCUGUGCAGAAGUUCAUUCUGGACUGGGCCGAGGGAAAAGCCAAUCAGGAUGUAGAUUUCAUGUUUGUGCUUCCAUUUCGAGAGCUGAACUUGAUCCGAGAUCAUCAGUACAGUCUUCACAGACUUCUGCUGGACUUUCAUCCUGAACUUCAAGAUCUGGACUCAAAGAUUUAUGAGGAGUGUAAAGUUGUGUUCAUCUUUGAUGGUCUGGAUGAAAGCAGAAUCACGCUGAUGUUUUCAGACGCUCAGAAAGUUUGUGAUGUGACUGAGACUUCAUCAGUGGGUGUGUUGAUGUCAAAGCUCAUGAAAGGAGAGCUGCUUCCCUCUGCUCUCAUCUGGAUCACCUCCAGACCAGCAGCAGCCAAUCAGAUCCCCUCCAAAUACAUCAACCGUCUGACAGAAAUUCAGGGAUUCACUGAGCCUCAGAAGGAGGAAUAUUUCAGGAAGAGAAUCAGUGACCAGCAUCAAGCCAGCAGAAUCAUCUCACACAUCAGAAGAGCAAGAAGCCUCCACAUCAUGUGCCACAUCCCCGUCUUCUGCUGGAUCUCAUCCACUGUGCUUCAGAAGCUCCUGGAAGAAGAUCUGAGUGCAGAAAUCCCUCAAACUCUGACUGAAAUGUACAUCCACUUCCUGCUGAUUCAGAUCAACAUGAGGAACCAGAAGUAUGAAGAGAGAGAUCCAGAGAAACUCCUGCAGUCCAACAGAGAAGUGAUUGUGAAACUUGCUGAAGUGGCUUUCAAACAGCUGAUGAAGGGCAAUGUGAUGUUCUAUGAGGAGGACCUGAUUGAGAGCGGCAUAGGCGUCACUGACGCCUCAGUGUAUUCUGGGAUUUGCACUGAGAUCUUUAAGGAGGAACCUGCUAUUCAUCAGAGGAAAGUCUACAGCUUCGUCCAUCUGAGCGUUCAGGAGUUUCUCGCUGCUUUUUACGUACUUUACUCACAUGUGGUCAAAAAUGAGUCACUGCAGAUUCUGGAUGAAAAAUUCAAACAGCACAUUUCAAAUAAAGAUUCCAUCUUUGAUCUACUAAAAUCAGCAGUACGCGUAGCCCUUGAUAGUGAGAAUGGAAAUCUGGAUCUGUUCCUGCGGUUCCUGCUGGGCGUCUCACUGGAGUCCAAUCAGAGACUCUUACAGGAUCUACUGACACACACAGAGAACAGCUCAGAGAGCAUCAGGAGAACUACACAGUACAUCAAAGAGCAGAUCAAAGAUGGAUAUGGACUCUCCACUGAAAGAUCCAUAAAUUUGUUCCUCUGUCUGCUGGAAUUGAAAGAUCAGACUUUGUCCAGAGAGAUUCAGGAGUUUGUGAAAUCAGACAAACACUCAGAGAAGAAACUCUCUCCUGCUCACUGCUCAACAAUUGCCUACAUGCUUCAGAUGUCAGAGGAGCCGCUGGAUGAGCUGAACCCCAUGAAAUACAACACAUCAGAUGAGGGGAGAAGAAGACUGAUACCAGCUGUGAUCAAAUGCAGGAAAGCUCUGUGA